UCUCAGAUUCUGAAAAGUAUUGAAAUUCUGUUCCCGUUCUUUAAAGGAGAUUAUAUCGGAUGGAAGGACUCUGUGCGCCACAACCUGUCCUCCAACGACUGCUUCAGGAAGGUGCUGAAGGACCCCGGAAAGCCUCAGGCCAAAGGAAAUUUCUGGACGGUGGACGUGAGCCGGAUCCCUCUGGAAGCCAUGAAGCUGCAGAACACUGUCAUGGCUCGGCAUGGAACAGAGAACUUUGUCCAGGACUUGUCUCCAUACAUUCUGCAUAAUUACAAGUAUGGUGGCAGUGGGCACCUCUACCAACAGAUGCCUAGCAGUAACUACUCCAGUGCCAGCUCUGUGAGCGAAGACGCUCAUCUCCAUACAGCAGGCAAACUCAACAGCUCUUUCAUGAUUGAAUCUUUGCUUCAUGAUCUCCAAGAGGUUGAUCUUCCAGAUGCUUCAAAGACUGUGGAGAAUCAAAAACAAGACCACUCCCUGACCAACAAUGUGUGGGCUCCCAGCCCCCGUCUGUAUGACUCCUCGUACUCCCUCAAGAGCUCCAGUAGCCCCAGCCUUCCCACCAAUCACUCAAUCUACUCAUCGUCCAGCACCAGUCUUUCCACCAUGUCUCCUCUCAGCUGUGACGAGAAUCCUGAACAUUCUAGGGAGGUACCAAGGACUCCUCCACGAAGAGUCCUAAAAUGUAAAAGAGAAGAUGAGAGUAGUGGUAGUUCAGAUUCAAGUACUGACAGGUCUUCUCCAUGUGGACCCCCAACUAAAGCCUCAUGUAUUCCCUCAGAUUUGCCAACAUCUUACACAAAGUGUGUACAGCCGAACGUGGUGGCCCCCCCCAAUGCUCUCCCCUUCUUCCCUUUUCCCCAGUAUACCUACUUUAACUAUGGGCCCUCCCCGUACAUGACUCCUCCGUAUUGGGGAGUCCUGCCACAAACAGCCAACCCUAGGCCUGAGCAGCCGUGCUCAACCCCCACACUGGAUCUUGACAGCAUGUUGAGGGUUGUACCACCCAACAAAAGUGUAUUUGAUGUUCUGACGAGUCACCCAGGAGAUCUGGUUCACCCGGCCUUCCUGAGUCAAUGCUUGUCGAACCCCAGCAGUCCGUGCCCAGGGCAAAGUCUCCUCAUAAAGAAAGAACUCCAUGUGUUCUCAGACGCCUCCACGGAGGCCAUCGCAGCGGUUGCCUAUCUGAAGGUGACAGAACCCAACAACCAAAAUCACGUUGGAUUCGUCUUUGGUCCAGAGUUUCUGCUUGGAGAGGUGGACGAAUGUGUACAGGAAGCUUUCAGCAUCCAGGAUCCGGAUAAUGAUCCAGAAAUCCGCGCUGAAGUUAGUGCGUUAGUCACUGGAACAAAGCAAACCGCCAGCUUCGGUUGUCAGCGCUUCGAGCGUUUCUCCAGCUGGAUGAGACUCGUCAGAACUAUUGCAAGGUGA